GUCAGUCAUUCUCAUCGUUGCAAAUAUGCGAACAUUUCUGAAAAAUUCCUCGCGAUGACGCCCAAUCGACGUGUUUACCGAGUGUUUUUGUUAAUGUUUAUAACGCGUUUAAUGACAGUCCACGGGGCGAUUUUAAAUUUGGAUCUCGGCGAUUACGGCUACGAUACCUUGGGAGGACCGGAGGAGGAGCCCUACGAGGUAAAAGAUUCGGAAAAUCGGAAAAGUUGUAUGUGCGUCCCGUUUUGGCAGUGCAAAGAGGAGUUUAACGGCGGCGGUGAUUUGGACGUGAGGAAGAGGAGUAAAGUAGGAGCGAGGAGUGAGGGAGGCGAGUCAGUGACGUGCACCGGAUACUUUGACGUGUGUUGUAAGGUUGAGUGCGGAGUGAGGCAGUUGGAUGUGGACAAGAGGAUUUUGGGCACUGAUCAGAACACCGCUAGUUUCGGGGAGUUUCCUUGGAUGUUAGGUAUACUGAAGGGCGAAAAGUACAAAUGCGGCGCGUCCCUAAUCCACCCGAAAAUCGCCCUGACGGCAGCCCACUGCGUCGCCGCCUCACCAGGCCAAUACAAAGUGAGGGCGGGCGAGUGGCACUGGGAAAACACCGACGAACCAGCGGAGCACCAGGACCGCAAAGUCGAACGGGUGCUCCUUCAUCCCCAUUUCCACGGCGGCUCUUUAAAGAACGACAUCGCCCUACUCGUACUGAACAGCCCCUUUCAACUAUCCAGUAACGUUGGCGUCGUGUGCUUACCACCGAAAAACCAUAAAUUGGACGUGAAACGGUGCACCGCCUCCGGUUGGGGUAGAAACUCCAUGAGAAAGGGCAGCUAUCAGUCGGUAUUGAAAAAAGUCUCUUUGCCCAUAGUGUCGAACGAUCGGUGCGCGGCAGUGUUGAGACAAUCCACGCCCGCAUUGGGGCCAUUUUUUACGUUGCACGGGAGUUUUAUUUGUGCGGGGGGAGAACCGAAUAAAGACACUUGCAAGGGUGACGGGGGUAGUCCGCUGGUUUGUCCAGUGGUCGGUCGGGAGGACAGAUACGAACAGGUGGGGAUUGUGUCCUGGGGGCUCAGUUGUGGCAUGACGGAGGCGCCCGGGGUUUAUGUUAAUGUUGUGAUGUUUGCCGAAUGGAUCGAUGGGGAAAUGGAGAAGUUGGGAUUGGAUACUGAUAUUUAUAAGUACUAUUAAGUUUAUUAUUUUUGCAGAUGUUUAUACUUUUGUGAUUGCUAGGUUAGGGUUUUUUUUUGUACAUUUUGUAAUAUAUAUAAUGUCUGUUUAUAGAA